UUCAGACAGCAAUUUUCCGAUCAACUCUCCGGUUUUUGACUAACGAAAAACCGGUAAUUUUGCUCAUGCUUAUCGUUGCCGACAUUUGAAGCCAUUGACUUUCAAUCACUCGUCCGAGCGCAUGCCAUCACCACGCUAUAAAACGACCUCUAAUCUGAUUCCUCAUCUCACCCAAUCAACCAAAUCUCGUUGGAAACCAACAACGAACAUGUCCCCUCUCUUUGCUUCACUUGUCAUCCUUCUCCUGAUUGCCGCCGGCGCUGCCGGAGCCUCUCCGGCUCCGGUACUCGACAUCGACGGUAACGUACUCGACGUUGGCACUCGCUACCACAUAAUGCCGGUUCGGAAGGACACUUUCGGCGGCUUAUACUCCGGUCCCCGCAACUUCACUGUCUGCCCCAUGUACAUCCGACAAGCUCCGUCCGCUCUGCUUGACGGGAUUACUGCCAACUUCGUGCCGGUCGACGGCUCCAAGACCAUCCGUCUCUCGACCGACAUGAACGUCGAGUUCUUCGAGUCGAACCUCUGCCCCGAGCAGCCGAUCUGGACCUUGGCUCCACCGGCCGCAGCAACCGGCAGGAGGUACGUGAAGUACGGCGGGGUGUUGGGGAACCCUGGUCCGAGCACGGUGAACAAUUGGUUCAGGAUAGAGAAAUCAGGGGACAGCUACAAGAUGGUCUUCUGCCCCGGCGUCUGUAAAACGUGCAAGGUUCCUUGCAGAGAUCUCGGCGUCCAUGCUGAGGGCGAUGAUCGUUGGUUUGUCUUAGGUGGCCGGACUUUCGCCGUGAAAUUCAAGAAGCAGUGAUCUGUCAAGCCUUCAUGUAGAAUGCCCAGAUAUGCGUUGGAAAAAAGUUUCAGAAAUUUACAGCACCUCUCUAGUAUUAGAGAAACUGUUUAAUGACUGCAAUGGAGUGGUCUGUUUCGUUUCUGAUUAAUGAAAAUAAAAGUCCUGCAUCAUA